UUAUAAACUCAAAAUGACUGGUCGUGGUAAAGGUGGUAAAGGUUUGGGAAAAGGUGGUGCUAAGCGUCAUCGCAAAGUUCUUCGUGAUAACAUCCAAGGUAUCACGAAACCAGCUAUUAGACGUUUGGCUCGCCGUGGUGGAGUUAAGCGUAUUUCUGGUUUGAUUUACGAAGAAACUCGUGGUGUAUUGAAGGUAUUUCUGGAAAAUGUGAUCCGUGAUGCAGUUACAUAUACAGAACAUGCCAAAAGGAAGACUGUUACAGCUAUGGAUGUUGUAUAUGCUUUGAAAAGACAAGGUCGCACCCUCUACGGUUUCGGAGGUUAAGUUAAUAACAUUC